AUGUCUGAUACUGUCUGGUGCUACACAUUUACGGACAUUCAUGUCUUAAGACUACAGUUGUGGAUCAUAUCAACAUGGUUUGGCCAAAGCCGCAAACACAAACUUCAACUCGUGCUAUAUACAAGUAUAAAUAAAUUAGGCCGGUUGGUUCUUGACCUCAGCCUCGUGAGCCUUUUGCUCCGCCUGCUGCUGCUUCUGUUCAGCCUCUCUCUCCAACAAAACCUUCUUCCAUUCAGGCAAAGGUGCAGGCUUGCCCUUGUUCAAUUCCUCCUCCUUCAUGGCCAACACAAUGGUACUCAAAAGCAACACAAUGGUGACGGCCUGGGCAUACAUUCUGGCCUGAACCAACUUCUGGGGACCGGUCAUGACCUUGUCUCUGUUGACGUAGACCCAGGAGCCCCACAUAGAAGCGACCCACGAAGUGAGAAUGAUCUUGUACUUGUUGUUGUUCAAGGAAGUGAAGGUCUUUUCGGACAAGGACAUGUUGUUCCACUCUCUGUAUUGCUCCAUCAUUUGCUGGUUGGCGUAGUCGGACUGGUACAUUUGUCUAUCAAAGUCCCACGAGCCUUGGUCGGCAAAGAAGGCCGAAAUGGCAACGGUGGGCAUGGUAAGAAUACAUGUUUUCACCGAAGUGUUGAAGGCAGCAAAUCUCACUGGGUGUCUGGUUUUAAGGUAGGCGAAGAGACCGACAGAAACCAAACCACCAUAAAACAAGCCUUUGGCACCUUCUGCAAGGACAUGAGAGGAGUGGGCUUCUCUUUCUUCUUGGGUAAUGAUUUUCAUGAUUAG